AGAGGGAUUCAUGCCACCAGGAAACCAGCGGAAUAUUUGUGGGUGUGUGUGUGUGUGUGUAGCUGUAUGUGUGUGUGUGUUUGCGUCCCGCUCGCACAUUUGUCACCGAGCAGACAUCUCGGCGGUGUCACAGGAACAAGAAGCGGCUCUGUCCGGAACGUUCGCAGUCCCGAGUCCUGCCUUCGUUUUUCAAAUGGCCGCUCGGAGUCCGAAGACAGACUGGACACAUUCAGGAAGUCGGAGAUAAACGCGAAGAAUGUGAGGAAGAAGAAGGAGGACGACGACGACAACAACAACAACAACAACAACAACAACAAGGACGACGACGACGAAGAAGAAGAAGAAGAAGAUGAUGAUGUGCUCCACGGAAAACAACGCGGAGCUGCUGCGGACAUCGUCCGACCCGGCGCUGCUGCUGGAGCUGAAGACCCGGCGCCCCCCCUCGCUGGUGGGCCGUGCGGGCUGCGAGACGUGGAGCGUGGACUUCUCCCCGGACGGAGCGUGGUUCGCCUGGUCGAUGGGACACGGCAUCGUGUGGGUGGUCGCCUGGCCCCUCGACUCCGAAGACAGUCAGAGUGGAGAGAUCGACCGAGGAGACAAGAGCUUCAGUUGUGAUCACCCGGUGUGGGGCCUCGCCUUCGGACCGAGGCCUCAAAAAUCCGCCGCGGCAAAGGCAGCGAACGCACCGUCCAAAGGGAACAACAGCCUGCUUCUGGCCACGGGCCUGGAGAACGGUGUCAUCAAAAUCUGGAAUGUCUUAACGGGUAAUGCUGUCUUUGAUCUCCACGGCCACGAGGGAAUCGUGAGGGACCUGGUCUUCCCGCAGAACGGGACACUCACCCUCGUGUCGUCCUCCCGAGACAAAACCUUGAGGAUAUGGGACCUGGCUCAGAAAGGUAAGAAGGUGCAGGUGCUCUCGGGCCACAAAGACUGGAUCAGCUGCUGCUGCGUGUCGCCGGACUGCAGCAUGAUCGCGUCCGUCGGAAGAUUCGACAGAAUGGUGUGUCUGUGGAGCCUGCGCUCGUACACGUUCAUCAGGAACCUGACGGGCGGGACCCGCAAGACCUUCUACCUCCUGUCCUCCUGCGACUUCUCGCCGGACGGCGCGCUGCUCGCCACGGCCGCCUUCAGCGGCUCCAGCUGGUGGAUCGACCUCUGGGACCCGUACACCGCCGAGAAGCUGGCCACUCUGGUUGACUACUUUGAAGACUACGCGCAAAACCAGAUCUCGGCGAUACAGUUCUCUCCCAACGGUUUGCACUUGUCGAUCGUGACGGACGGCAGAGCUCUUCUGAUCUGGGAGCCGGGAAAGGAAGGGAUGGUGAUGCAGACGAAGGCAGACAGAGACUCGAAUGGACUCUGCUGCGACUACCAUCCACAAGGGGGAGUGGUCGCCACAGGAACCAGAGAUGGCCACGUGAGGUUCUGGAGGGCGCCCAGGACGGUGCCCAGCCUGUGCCACCUGUGCCGCUCCAUCCUGCGCCACUCGGUGUCCACGCACCAGCUGGAGCCGCUGCCGCUGCCCAAGAGGAUCCUGCAGUACCUCACGUACAGGAACAUCCCCGAGCGCCUCAAGACCUGCGGCUCCGCGGACGAAGAGGACUGAGGUGGAAUAAGAAUAAAAAACAAAAAAACAACAACUAAUGCAACUGGACUUAAGACUGAAGUGAUUGUUUUACACUGACUCAUAAUAUAAAUGACUUUUGUUCGCCGAUUGACGCUCAACUCAGCGCAGCAACGUCGCUGCGCUAAGGAUUUAAUUUAUUGCACUACUACUGCAAGACGACGCAUUAACUCAACGUUCACAAGCUCAUAUAUAUCACUUGAAUAUCACCAUUUUUAUACUGUUUAAUUUAUUGUGUACAUAUCUUAAUUUCUAAUUCUUUUAUCAUCAUUAUAUAUAUAUAUAUAUAUAUAUAUAACACACGCGGUGUGAACACAACGCAACUGUACCUGUACCACGUGUUCAUUGUUAAUGUAAGAUAACAAUUUUAAAAAGACAGGGAAUUAUAGGAAAUACUUUUAUUAAACAGAUGCAAACAUUUAA